AUGGGGCCGCGGCACCUGCUGCUGCCGCCGCUGCUCCUGCUCUCCCUGCAGCUCCUGGCCCUGCUGCCGCCGCUGCCGCUGCCCGCGCAGGCGGCCGGGCCCCCGCGCAAGGGCAACCGGACCCAGGGGGCGGCGGCGGCGCGGCGGACCCCUAAGCCGGGCAGGGAGCUCCUGAACCAGACGCUGGCGGGCCCGGGGGCCGCCGCCCCCACGGCGCUGCCCGGGCGCGGCAAGGGCGCGGGGGGCGGCAAGGCGGCCCCCGGAGGCGGGGGCUCGGCCCCGGCACACGAGACGUGCUGGGGCUACUACGACGUGAGCGGGCAGUGGGACAAGGAGUUCGAGUGCAACAACAGCCUGACGGGCUUCCGCUACUGCUGCGGCACCUGCUUCUACCGCUUCUGCUGCAACAAGCGCGCCGAGAAGCUCAACCAGAGCCUGUGCCGCAACUACAAGAGCCCCGAGUGGGCCCACCCCACCACGGCCAGCGGCGCCCUGCCCGCCGACGGCGGCGACGGCGGCGACGGGGACGCCAACAAGUACGACCCGGACAAGGACAGCACCAACGCCACCGUGUACAUUUCGUGCGGGGCCAUCGCCUUCGUGCUCAUCGCCGGCGUCUUUGCCAAGGUGGCCUACGACAAGGCGCGGCGCCCGCCCCGGGAGAUGAACAUUCACAGGGCUCUGGCCGACAUCCUAAGGCAGCAGGGACCAAUCCCAAUCGGACACUGUGAAAGAGAGACAAUCUCGGCCAUAGAUACCUCCCCCAAAGAGAACACCCCCGUCAGGACCUCCUCCAAAAACCAGUACACCCCAGUACGCACCUCCAAGAGCAACCCAGGUCACUAUGGGAAGGAUAUUUAUCGCAGUGGAGGGCCAGAUCUCCAUAAUUUCAUCUCCUCCGGGUUUGUCACGUUAGGAAGAGGACACACGAAGGAUGACCAAGAACAAAAUUAUAAUCACCUGAUACUAAACAGUGACAACCAGACACCUACACAUGACAAGCCACGAAUGAACAACAUCCUGACUUCAGCCACCGAGCCCUACGACCUGUCCUUCUCCCGCUCCUUCCAGAACCUCUCCCACCUCCCGCCCUCCUACGAGUCUGCUGUCAAGACCAACCCCAGUAAAUACUCAUCUCUCAAGAGACUCACUGACAAAGAGGCUGACGAGUACUACAUGAGGAGGAGACACCUGCCCGACCUGGCGGCCCGGGGCACACUGCCCAUCAACGUCAUCAAAAUGUCCCAGCAGGGCAACCAGCGGGACAGGCCCCGCCGUCCCAUCAGGGCCAUGUCCCAGGACAGAGUGCUGUCCCCUGAGAGGAUCAUGCCCGAGGAGUUCAGCAUGUCCUACGAGCGGAUCCUGUCGGACGAGCAGCUGCUGUCGGCAGAGCGCCUGCACUCCCAGGACCCGCUGCUGUCCCCGGAGCGCUCGGCCUACCCCGAGCAGUCCAUGUCCAGGGCACUGUCACACACGGAUGUCUUUGUGUCAACACCGGUCUUGGAUCGCUACAGGAUGUCAAAAAUGCACUCCCAUCCCAGUGCCUCAAAUAACUUGUACAACACCUUGGGUAUGAACCCGACCUCGGCCAAGCGCCAAGCGUUCGCCUCGCGCCGGCACAACACGGUGGAGCAGCUGCAUUACAUCCCCGGGCACCACCACCACUACCGCACCGCCAGCAAAACCGAGGUGACUGUUUGACACGACCCAGUGCAUUGUAGAUACUCCUUAAGGACUGGGGUGGCCACAGCACCCCGUUCUGCAGUGGCCUUAUAGGCCAAGAUAACCUCUACUAACUCAGUGUCUGCAAAGACUUCUCUGGCAGUCCCACCCACGUUGUUUUUAAAGCCACCCCUUCAUCAGUGACACAGGAAGAACUGAAGCAGCAGUCAGACACUAGUGAGGGAUGACAGAGGGAAUUUCCUGGUGUGCAUCAGUUUCUGUCAAAGAAAGCCAUAGUAAUCGAUGGCUCCUUCCAAGGGCUCACCUGCAUUAUCCCAUAGUUUCCACGAAUUCAGGACUUUUCAGUUGCUCCAAGGAGAAGCAGCCUGAGACAGGGAGGAGGAAAUGCAGCCCCCACCCCUAAUCCUGGCAGGAAGGGGCCUCGUUCUUGGCCCUUACGUUUGGCCUUUCUGUAGCAAGUAGGGAAGUCCUGGCUGCUGGGGCCAGCCCCAGGCUGCUCGACACCCGUCAGCACCCACACAUCUGUUCUUUGUCACCCUUGGAGCAAAUUCAAGGGCAGACUUUCCUUCGGGACUGGCAGAUCUAGGGACAAGAAUAGCCUGGCUGAGAAAUAAAGUUUUAGUUUAUACUAAAUAUACUCAUAAGAUAAAAAACAUACUAGUGCCUACAAAUCGCCUGCUCUCUCAGCGUAGGAAGUAGUGGGGUUGAUGUGUUCAAUAAGCACAAAUAUGCUGAAACGCUUGUUAGACCCUUUUCUCCACUCAUUCUAGUAUCUUGGUGUCUCCAACAUGUAAAUAGGAAGGAGGAAGAGGGUUUCUCUUCCUCCAGCUUCUCGCCGCUGCUGAACCUGAAGCAGCAGAACCCGUUCAGCUCCACACUGCUGACCUGUGCUGGGGGAGGUCCCAACCCCACCGAGCCCCCUGAGGCCAGGCUGCCGCGCUUCUCACCGAGCCUGGAUUUCUCCCCAGAAGUUUCUUUUCCCUAUAGCAUUUUCCAUGGCCCAGUUCCCGUGUUUCUGAGCGUUUUCUCCUCCCAUUCACAGCCUAGAAUCCAUAUGUAGCAAAUCUUUUUCCAGCCCUUAGCAGAGGCACAAGGCUGAGGGUGUCUGUUUACCGAAAAGCAGGUCGGUAACUUUCCGUGGUUUUCUCUCCCCGCAAUGGCCUCCCAAGAAAACCUUCCAAAUUCCAAUUCCACUGAGUCCCAAUCCUAACCAUGAAGACAGUUACAUUUCAUGCAUAUAAAUUAUAUAUCCAGCAUAAUUAUAAUUAAUGGGCAUGUUGUAUAUCUGAU